UUCAGGGACCGGGAAACUAUUAUCUUCAACCCAAAUAAGUCCUGGCUCUUUACACGAGAGUUGAUGAAUCCCUGAGGCAACGAUGAGUCUCGGGAAUUCCGUAAUUGGGAGUCUCAUAGCUCAGUUUUGGCUUCCCAUAUCCGUAUCGGUGAUCCUUGUGUGGCUAGUCAAGAACCGAUACCACAAUGGCCUUAAUAAAUACCCAGGCCCUUUCUUAGCUUCAUUGACCGAUUGGUGGCGGUUUUGGGAUGUCUACGGUCAACGGCCUGAAGUAACACAUCAGAAACUACAUGCAAAGCAUGGCGAUGUCGUGCGCCUAGGGCCCAAUACGUUGUCGUUCGCAGACCCCAAAGCCCUCAAGUCGAUAUAUGGCCUCAACAAGGGAUUCGUCAAGUCCGAAUUCUACGUUGUCCAACAGUCAGUAGUCAAGGGACACUCUUUGGCUUCGCUGUUUAGCACAACGGACAACACCUUCCACGCGCAGUUUAGACGAUGUGUCAACUCGGCAUUUGCCAUGUCGGCGUUGGUACAAUAUGAGCCCUUCGUUGAUAAUACGACGAAGAUCUUUCUUGAGCGAACCGAAGAGCUCUUCGCUGAUAACCCAAAGGGAUGUGAUUUCACACAAUGGUUACAGUUUUACGCCUUUGACGUGAUUGGAGAGAUUACUUACAGCAAACGCCAUGGAUUUAUCGAGAAGAAUGAGGAUAUCGAUGGUAUCGUUGGUUACUUGGGAAACCUGUUUCUAUACGUCGCACCGAUUGGUCAAAUUCCGUGGCUUGAUCUCAUCUUCCUGAAGAACCCCAUUUACCUGAAGCUCUCCCAAUGGGGGUUUAUUGAUUCAACUUUCCCCGUAGCUCGCUUUGCGCGAGCACGUAUGGCGGAACGUCUCGGCCCAAAUCUUUCAGGCGACCCCUCAAAGCCACUUCUACCUGUUUCCACUGAGGGUAAGGCCUCGGUGAAGUCUCCCGAUUUGUUGUCUAAAUUCCUUGCCGCGCGUGAAAACCGUCCCGAUUUUAUGAAUGAUACUUUGGUGCAAACCAUGGCCGUGUCGAUGGCCUUCGCCGGUUCUGAAACUACCGCCAUUUCAUUAGCCAGCGUGUUCUAUUAUCUUCUCCGUACCCCAUCCGCACUCGCCAAACUGAAGCAGGAACUCGAUGAGGCCUCUCGAUCCGGUCUCUUCAGCGACUACGAGACAGGACUGGUAACUUGGACCGAGAGCCAGAAGCUCCCGUAUCUUGAUGCUUGUAUUAAGGAAGGGUUCCGCAUGCACCCUGCCGCUGGCCUCCCGCUCGAACGCAUUGUCCCUGAGUCUGGCGCGGAAAUCGCCGGCCACUACGUUAAGGGCGGAACUGUCGUCGGCUGCUCAGCGUGGAUCAUCCACCGCCGCCCAGAAAUCUGGGGCGAGGACGUGGAAACGUACCGACCCGAGCGCUGGAUCGUGGACGCAAACCUAAAGGGUGAAGCGAAAGAAGAGCAGGAACGGCGGAUCCGCGAGAUGAACGGCAUGAUGUUCCAGUUCGGUAUGGGAUCCCGCACGUGCAUUGGCAAGAACAUCAGCUUGCUGGAGAUCUACAAGGUCGUGCCAAGUCUACUAAGACGCUUCGAUAUCAGCUUCAAGGACCCCAACCAGGAGUGGAAACUCAUCAACGCCUGGUUCGUCAAGCAGAACAACUUCCAGGCCAUCUUCAACCUGCGGAACAUGGUGAAACCCGACAGCGGGAAGGAGCCUAGCGAGAAGACGCACUAGAAAGGUACCUAGUCAUCUCUUCGUCGUCGUGUGUAAGAUCCGGGUUCGGGAUCGGCGUUGGCUGGCUUGUUUUGUUUUGUUUUGUUUUGAUAUUGUGCUAUGUUACCUAGGGUACAGUAGCUUUAGUAGGUGGGCAGGUUAUCUAGGUACGGUUAUGUAAGUUGGCUUGCACCGGCGGCUGCUUAGGUAGACAGCACUUGCUUGACGAGGUGUGUCCCCUGGGUAGUUUGGUAUCGUACGUACGUACGUAUCGUAUGUAUGUAUGUGUGUGUGUACACUCCUAGGUUAGGUCUCUUUCGUGAGACCCUCGCCAGAGCUGCUGCUGGUUUGCUGCUGCUGCUGCUGCUACGUAGUAUGUGUA